CCGUACUUCUGGUUUUGCGGCGGGAUCUGGUGGAUUGGAUUGGAAUCACCUGGCCGUGGUCUGGGACGGAUUUAACACAUUAUUAAUAUAGGAAGAACAAGAGGGAGGGGCAGAAGCCGCAGUGCCAGCAACAGCCAUGUGUUCACUUGCACUAUUUCCACCACCUCUGGCUGAUGGAGAAGUGACCCUGUACGAGUCCAACAAUGAGCUCGUCUCCGGGUCAUCGGCCAACAGUUAUCCUAAACAGGAUUGGGAUCCACCCAGCUUGCAUUUCCCACGUGAAUUACUGAAGCCUCACAGCCGUCUAGAGAGCAGCAGCAAAACUGCUUUUCUAGACCACAGAGACACACUUUGGAUGAGAAGUGCGGCAGCUUGGCGUGAUACUGGCCUGGCAGGACUGCUUGAUGAAAUCACACACAGCGUUGAGGAGGUCCCCAAGUGGCUGGGUGUGAGUGCCGGCUGUCUGUUGGCGCUGCUCCGGUCUGUGUCCUCAUUCCAUGGUUCACUAUUCCCUCAUCUCACGCUUAGUAAUGUAGACAUGGUGGCAGAGUUCUCACAAGUUCUGGACUGGUCAGAGGGCACAGUUCGAGCCUUUGCCUGGCACCCUCACACUGAGAAGUUUGCUGUGGCUCUUCUAGAUGAUUCUAUAAGGAUCUACAACUCCAAGAGUGAGACGGCGCCCACUCUGAAGCACAGGCUCCAGCGGAGUGUUGCUGCUCUGCAGUGGAAGCCCCUGUGUGCCUCUGCGCUGGCCGUGGCCUGUCACACCUGCCUCCUGGUCUGGCAUGUCGACCCUACCUCCCUCUCAACACGUCCAUCGUCAGGCUGUGCCCAGGUGCUGUCCUACCCGGGCCAUGCUCCAGUCACCUCCAUAGCCUGGGCUCCCAGCGGAUCCACACUAGUGUCCGCCUCCCCAGUAGACACAGCCAUGCUGGUGUGGGACGUUGCGGCAGAGAGCUGUGUCCCCCUGCAGCGUGUGGGAGGGGGAGGGGUGUCAUUCCUCUCUUGGGCACCAGAUGGUGGUAGAGUUUUGGCAGCCACACCAUCGGCCCUUUUCAGGGUGUGGGAGACCCGCAUGUGGACAUGUGAGAGGUGGCCAUGCCUACAAGGCCGUUGCCAGUCGGGCUGCUGGAGCCCGGACGGAUCUCGUCUGCUGUUCAGCGUUCAGGGGGAGAUGGUCAUCUAUGCACUCACCUUCAAUGAUGCGUUAGGAGGACCAAAAGAUGCAGCGGUAGUUGCCGAUCUGUCUGACACCACGUUUAACAGUCCAGAUGGAGAUAUCACCGUUGGAGGAGAAGUGCAGUCCCUGGCAUGGGAUCCAAGAGGAGAGAGGCUUGCUGUGCUCCUGAAAGGAAUCAAGGCGACAGAAGGACGGCCUUCUGUUAUUGCCGUGUUCAAGACUCGCUCCAAUCCAGUGUUUGAGCUCCUGCCAUGUGGCUUUGUCCAUGGAGAGGUCGGGGCUGAGCCCAGACUAAUGCAGUUCCAUCCUCACUUUCAACACGGGGCCCUGCUGACUGUGUGCUGGUCCAAUGGGAAGAUGUCCCACGUGCCGUUUUACUUCGUGAGUGCGGGAGCCGCCCAGCCCAGCCCACUACCUCACCUCGCAGGCCAGGCUGUAGACAACGGCUUCCAUCAGCUCUACACGGAACAGUGAUCUUAAAAAUGCACACAGUGCUAAAGCUUUUGACCUAUUCUACACUUUUUUGCCUUCUAAUGAAUAAAGUAUUUUUAUGAUGGAGAA